UAGAGGUGAUUUGGCAACACAGAAACCAGAGUGAAAUGUGGGAGUUGACUUGGAUUAAACAGCAGCUGACUUUAACUCCACCAACAUAGAACUUGUGUGUUGGUUCUGCACACUGAAACACUCAUUUCACUACAGUGGCAUGGAGCAAAGACAAGGACCUUCAGGAAAAGUCCCAGAUCAGGAUGUGGAGGAGGGCAUGGGGUCAGAGGCAGAGCUGAACAAUACUAUAACAGAUGAAGAGAGAAAGGAAAUGCAGAAUGAUCUGAUCAAGUUGGAGGAAGAAAUUGUCACACUGAAACAAGUGCUGGCCUCCAAAGAGAAGCAUCAAGCUGAGCUAAAGCACAGGCUGGGUUUGACGACAUUAAGUGAGCUGAAACAGAACCUAAGCAAGAGCUGGAAUGGUGUUCAGUCAAGCACAGUGUAUAAAAAGACCUCGGAGACUCUGAGCACGGCAGGCCAAAAGACCACAUCGGCCAUCAGCAACUUUGGAACGGCCGUAAGCAAAAAGAUUGGGGACAUGAGCUACUCGAUAAGCCACUCGAUGAGCAUGCCCACCACGAGGAACACUGAGACCUUCAAGUCUUUCGAGGAGAAGGUUGAAACAACCGUUUCGAGCAUUAAGACAAAGGUCGGAGGGACUGCCAGUGGAGGAAAUUUCGAGGACGUGCUUUCAUCAGCAGCUCAGGCCAGCGCUCAGAACGCCAGCCCCACAGCCUCUGCUAACGACCUGGGAGAACACAAGGAGUGUUAAGAACAACUCAAACUUAAUAAGGAAUGUACAGCCUGCUGUAUGAUUGGAGAUGAAGCUCUGGUGCCCCUCUGUGGCUAGGAGGAUACAGCACCUGGAAACUGGAAACGGUUCUUGUCUUAAAUGAAAUAUUUGCCAUGAACAAGCAUUUCAUUUAGGCUGUGUUUUAAAAUAUUUUAAACCCCCAGAUCAGUUCAUUUUACCAAUUCGAGGUCCAGGAAAUGUAACAAAAUGUUUACAGAAAGCAUUGUAGUCUAAUGUAUUUGCCUUUUUGAAAACAAAAACAAGUUGUGGUCAGAAGUGAUGAUUGAGCAUUACAAUAACAAUAUUUCAAUCCAGUGUUUUUCAGCCUCCAGUGUUAUCAAUUGGUUUAGUUUUAUUAGCUGCUUAGUUUUUGUAUAAACUUGUACCCUACAUUUAGUUUCCAGAUUAUUGCAUUAAGGUAGAAAAUGUUUGUGUUUCAGAAUAGCCUGUCAAUUAUGACCCUUUUAGGUUUUUUUUUUUUGGUUACUUAAUGUUAUAAUUGAAGCAGAGUACUUUUUCUUUCUUUUUUUCUUUUUCUUUUUACAGAUACCUGUGUGACAGAAUAGAUGUUCAACACUAUUCAAAAUCUAGUCCACUUCUUAAUAAAACCAAUCCAAAAAGUCACAAAGUAAUCUUAUAUUCUUCACAUAUCAAUAGCAGCCACUUUAAAUGUUAGAAGUUCCAUAUACAACAGGAAAUAAAAUAAAACCCACAGUAACCAAAUUACAUUCCAUUGGAUUUUCAAUAAUGAAGCCAUCAAAUAUUUUAAGACUUUUUUUUUUCAAAUCCACUCUGGACUAGUUUAUUUUAAAUAUCUUUAGGUGAAAUCUGAUUUUUCUUUAGGUGAUGUAGAGAAUCUGUGGGAAUGUCUGGGGGAAGAGAGACGUCACUUUUAUUAUACAGAAAACAUAGACGAUAUUAGAACACAGAGCUAGGACAUGAACCGUAAUGUUGAUUGUUUUGUUGUAGCUUUGGAUAAAACUAUGAUUUCCAUGUAUUUGAUAUUAUAUGUGUGAUGGAUUAAUUUCUGGUCAAGACUUCAGGUGGGACCUUGAAGACAUUUUGUCAUCUCAUGUGUUGAGUUGGUUGUUUCUUCGGUGCAAAAAAACCCAAAAUAAAAUAUUCUUAUAAUA